AUGGCCUCGAACACAAACGGUUGCCCAGUGGACAACGCCCCCGCUGACGACGAAACUCUCCGCGUACACUUCCUCGGGACUGGCACCUCAACCGCACUCCCUGUCGGGCCAUGUCUGGCCGAGGUUGACAAACCAUCCCGCGACGUAGGCCUCUUCCUCGACGACUACAACGCCGCCCCCGAGGACAAGCGCACCCCUCACCAAUGGGGAGGGUAUGACCCCUCUGCCCAGUGGCCAGGGAGUGUACCGUGUGGCUCGUGCCGCGGGGCCGUCGACCCGCGCGUAAAGGACGGAUGGAAGAACCGGCGAGGUAACCCGGCCGUCGUGCUGCGUAAGAAGCGCGGCGGGGAGUGGCGCAACGUCGUCGUCGACGUGGGAAAGACAUUCCGCGAGCAGAGCUGCAAGCUGUUCCCGAGAUGGGGUAUCAAGCGCAUCGAUGCCGUGAUCAUCACCCACGGGCACGCCGAUGCGUAUAACGGCCUCGACGACUUGCGUGAAUGGUGCGGUCGGCAGGGCGGGCAUAUCCCAAUCUAUUGCUCGGCUCUUACGUUUGAGACCAUCUCUGCGUCUUUCCCCUACCUCGUUGACAAGACCAAGGCGAGCGGCGGCGGCGACCUGCCGUCGCUCCACUUCCAUAUCCUCAAGGAUGACACUACGCCGUUCGAGGUCGAGGGUAUUACUGUUGCCCCAUUACCUGUUCACCACGGGAGUUACUUCUCCGCCGCGCCACCUGCCGAACCCAGCAAGCCCGGUACGCCAAUCAACGACGUUGGGCACCAUGGCCCCAAGCCCACUGCCAGCAAGGAGCCGUUCAUCUGCCUGGGCUUCGUGUUUGACUCGCGCCUGGUCUACCUGUCCGACCUGAACUCGGUACCAGACAAGACGUGGGACCUCAUCAACGCUGCCGUGCCGAACAAGGCAGACAGUGUGCUUAUCAUGGACACUUUGUGGCCAUGGCGCCCUCACCCGUCACACGUCUCUUUCCCGCAAGCGAUGGACAUCACCCUCGGCAUCAAACCUAAGGCGACCUACCUCCUGGGUAUGACCCACCCCACGACCCAUUACAUCUGGGAGGAGGUUGGGCUCUCGAUCCGCGACCAGCAGCGCCGCGACCCCGGGCACCAGGACACGGCGCUGGCCGACAUGCUAAUCAAACGUAUCUGGGAGAGCGAGGACAUGGCUCGCAUUGCUGCCGACUUGAAGACGUGGGGUGGUCGCGUCGAGCCUGCGUGGGACGGACUCGCGAUCGAGAUGGGGCCGGGACGGUUGGAGCAACUCCCGAUUGGCAAGGACGGGAGUGCUGGUGGCUGGGGAGUUGAUCUUACGGCGUCACUUUAG